AACAGAAUUAUAAACUCCCGAUAAAAAUUCUCCAGACUCUCCCAGAGAAUCACAAAAAAACUUCUCGGUGUAGGUCCCCAGGUGUCAUUGACCUUGAAAAGAAAAAUGUCAGGAAAAUGCCGAAACUGCGGUUCGACGGAAAUCGAGACAGAUCCAGCCCGAGGGGAUGCUGUAUGUACAGCAUGCGGGGUUGUCCUGGAGGAUCAGCGUAUCGUCAACGAAACAAUAUUCGAGGAGACGCCCGCGGGGACGAUGGCGUUGAUAGGUCAGUUCGUCUCGAGUGACAGUACAGGUGGUGCAACGGGUUUUGGUGCUGCUUAUCACGUGAAUGGAAAAGAAUCCCGUGACAUAACGAUUCAAAAUGCCCGUCGCGGUAUUGCCCACCUGUGCCAACAGCUGAGAUUGAAUCAACGCCAUAUUGAGACGUCCGUGAAUUUCUACAAAAUGGCACUUUCAAGGAAUUUGACACGCGGCAGAAAACACGCCCACAAUCACGCCGCAUGUGUCUACAUCACCUGCAGAACUGAGGAGACACCUCACCUCCUGAUAGACAUAAGCGACAUCCUGCAGAUCGACGUUCACGAGCUGGGGAGGACGUACCUGAAGCUCACUAACGCCCUUUGCAUCAACAUCCCCUCGAUGGAUCCUUGCCUCUUCAUCAUGAAGUACGCCCUCAAGCUGGAGUUCGGGGAGAAGACAAACGAGGUCUCCAACACGGCCCAGAGACUCCUCCAGAGGAUGAUGAGGGAUAGCAUUCACUCUGGGAGAAGACCCUCGGGUCUCUGUGGUGCUGCUCUCCUCAUCGCAUCUCGUCUUCAUGAGUUUAAUCGAACACCCAAUGAUAUAAUUAAGAUCGUCAAGGUCCACGAGUCGACUCUUCGGAAGAGGCUUAUAGAGUUCGGGGAUACUCCAUCCAGUGCCCUGACUCUUGAUGAAUUCAUGACAGUAGACCUGGAGGAGGAGCAGGAUCCACCGGCAUUCAAGGCUGCCAGGAAGAAGGAUCGGGAGAGGCUCCAGAAACUGGAGAAUGUCGAGAGUGAGUUUGAUGAGUUGACGAAUGAGAUUGACCGGCAGCUGGAGGAGUUCAAGACGUCCAGGGGGAAGAGGAAGAGGGUGGGCGAUGAUGGGGUUGAGGAGGCGGACGCCGAGAGGUUCGUUGCAGAGAGCACUAUUGAUGUUAUAAAUGAGUGCCUGGAUGGAAAGUUUCCGGAUACCGAGGCCUCCGGGAGGGACUCCGGGAGAGAAUCAUCCGUCAACGUUGGCCUGGGGCCUGACAUCGCGUCGAUGGGUCUCGGGGUAUCGAUCAGCGAUAAAAAUGGAGAGGACUUGUUCGAGACUGGAAACGGUGAAAUCGAUAUGACUGAUCUAGACGAUGACGAGCUUGACAGUUACAUAAUGUCCGAGAAGGAGGCCAGCAUGAAGAGCAAUCUCUGGCACCAGGUGAAUGCUGCUUACCUGGAGCAGCAGAAGGAGAGGGAGGAAAAGAGGCUGAAGGAGAAGGAGGAAGGCAAACCCGAGAGAAAAAAACGCAAGGCCGGUGGUAAGAAGAAGACAGGUCCAGCCAACACCGCUGGUGAAGCCAUCGAGAAGAUGCUCCAGGAGAAACGCAUAUCCACGAAGAUCAACUACGAGGUGCUCAAGAGUUUGAAUGUCGGGGUGCCUCAGGGGAGUGCCAGUGGAAAUAACGAGGAAGUCGACGUCACUGUCCCUCAGGAAGUUGAGAAAGAGGUCAAGGUUAAGGUGGAGGAUUACACCUGGAGGAAGAGUGACGUCAAUGAUCCUGAGGAUGGUGGUAAGGAUGGGAGGGGAGAGGUGGCUAUCGAACCUGAUGAUGUGGAGAAUGAUGGGGAGGACGAGGUCGAGGUUGAUCCCAACGAGAUGAGCCUCGGGCAGAUGCUCCACAGGAAUGACGAGGAGGAUGAACACUACGGGUACGACUACGACGACGAGGAGUACUGAACUCUCGGAGAAAUCGUUCGAAUAUUUUUUUUUUAUCCACACAAUCAAUUCUAUUUUUUUAAUCAUUCUUUUCAUCAUGCCGUGCGGAAAAGUCACUUUUCCGCACUUGUAACGAAAUAUACGAUUUUAAGUACAUUUCUAAUCUGAUUGUAUAUAGUUACGAAAUUUCAUAGUUUUGUACGUUUUCAUGAUAUUCUGGAGUAUUUAAGGGAUUAUUUGAAUCGAAUAAAUUUGAUUAUUAUUUAUGUCA